UGCCCCCUUCCCGUGAGCGUCUGGCUGAGUCACGGCACGAGCUACCGCAUGACCAACCUUCAUCGUUACCGCACAUCGACAGCCUGUAGAACAACUUACAAGGGGCUCCCCCUAUACGCUCAUUCUCAUGUUUUACUACACUGGGGUAAUUUGCAUGAGCUCGUAACUUGAUAGCUACGCGAGGUUGUGAGCUCGUUUUAGAGUUGAACUUUUGGCAUGUUUUGAUUAAAAUGACGUCAAUGGUUGGAUGUAACGCUCUUUGUUUCUGGAGCACAUUAUUAACGGGGUAAAGUGAUACGAGCAGAGCUGCUGUUGGAUUUAUACAUCUGUUCUUUGUCGACAAAGGAUUGUCCCUCUCUUAAGGAUGACGAACUUGACUUCCAAACCAUGACGUCAUCAAGCUAUGUCUCAACUCAACGGCGUUAAAGGACGUCAUAGAGAGUUUCUCGAUAGAGGGCGCGAUUUUUCUCUCUUAGGUCGAGUGAAUUUCAGAGGCUCCGUCAUGUUUCAUGCCGAUCUCUCCCAGUUGUUCCCCUGGAUGCUGGCCAUCUUCACGGUGCUCGGUCUCAUCGCAUGCUGUGCCUGGUUUUACAAAUGCCUCAAGAAGUGCAACGAUCGCUGCUCCCUCCUUCGCUCCGAGCACAAUAUGUCCCACAGCACACAAUCAUCGCGACCCGACCCGCACGACUUCUAUCAGAUAGGUGCCUACAGGACGUCGCGACCAUCAGCAAGUGUUCACGUCGCUUCGACAUCGCUCUCCACAUCACUCUCGACACCGCUAGUCAAUACGAUGAGGGAAAGUUACGCGUACCGCGGACCUUUCGCUCUCAAGACGCACUUCGUACCGCCGUACGCGCAUCUCGCCCCUCCACCGUCAUACGAUGAGGCGAUGUCGUCACAGGGCGGCGCAUCGCCCGCAGGGUUUGUAGUCAACGUCGGACAGAGCUCGACCCAACAGGAAAUGUCUGAUAUGGGACUACAGGAAGAAGUUCACGAUGAUGGUGAUCAGAUUGUUGAGGAGGAAGAUGAGAUAGAUGACGGAAGACAGGAUGAUUUAGCUCAGCUUACUGAGACGUCGAGUGGUCACAGCGAUCACAGGAACAGAGAAAAUAAUUUAUGAUCAUCAUAAUUAUGUGAUUGCUUAUUCAUGACUGUGAGUGACAUUGUGAUAAAAAUGCCUUCAUUAAAAUGACGCCCCGAUACUGUUAGCGCCAUAACUUGUUCUCGAAUCCGAGUCAUUUAGGUCCUAAGACUAUCUUCCUAUCCAUUGAGCCCAAUCGCCU